AUGUGGUGGAAACCUGAGCAUCUUCAUCUUUACGAGAGGCACCAGAAGAGGGGUAGACCAUAUCCUGAAGAAUUUGAUGACGUGCAAUAUCUCAAGGGUUUUGUACCACCUCUGUUUAAAAAUUUUGAUGGAACAGGAAACCCUCGACAGCAUGUGGCACAUUUUCGUGCCAGUUGUUACAAUGCAAGGGGGAAUGAUGCUCUACUUUUUCGACAGUUUGUCAACAACCUGUCAGGAGUGACAUUCGAUUGGUAUACAAAAUUGCCAAAUGGUUCCGUCACAACAUUCACGGAAUUAGAAGAUCUCUUCAUGAAACGAUUUGCUGGUCCUCGACACCAUAUCACUGUUGGUGAUUUAGUAAUCGAUAAACAAAGAACAGAUGAAACUCUAGUGGAUUACAUUCUGCGCUGGAGGAAUAUAAACAUGAAAUGCGAACCACAACUUCAAGAACAACAUGCGAUUGAAAUCCUGUUAAAAAGUAUUCACGGACCAAUUGCUUUCCUCCUCAAGGGGUUCACGAUUAAAACUUUUGAAAAUCUACUCAGUAAAGCCGGGAGUCUUCAAAAGGAAGCUAAACAGCUUGUACAAGCUACGAUUCGAGAUCAAGAACUUGUUAAGCCAGUAUUGUCAAUUAGGGUAGAAGAAGAUUCGAAGAAGACUGAAAAACCCACCGAAAAGCCAAAAUGUGAAAUGAAACUCGAUCGUCCAAGAUUAGUUACUACGGAUUUGGGAGUGAAAUCUCUCAAACCACUGACUUUGUAUGAUUUCUUCUUUGCUCCACCAGGGGCAGGUAAUACUAUGAAAUUUGACUUUGACUACGCUUUGACUGUUUCUAUUGAUGGUAUAAUUGGGGAUGACUCACCUAAUCCCGAUACUAAUCUCAAUCUUUCUAAUGAUUCUUAA